ACGAAUGUACACGUUUACCCAUCGUUCUGUAGGAUGUGUUACAUCUUUCCGUUUAAACUACCGCAGUGCUUGAACAGCUGCGAAGAGAUGUGGUCGACUGUCGGGUCAUCAGUUUGAUACUGUUUGUUAAAUGGUGGCUAAAAAGGCAUCGAAUUGACUUCGAAUUGUGAUGUGUGUGCUGCAUUAUGUUUGUAUUUGUGAGUGACAUGUGUAUUUACAAAUCUGUUGUAACUAUGAAGCCUUCGUUUUUGGAAUCUGUAUGCAAUAUGUAGGAGUAACUUUCGGCAGUGGCCCGAGCACGCUUUGAGAAGUGGGCACGAAAGCAAAAGUAUAUUUCUUACUAAUUUAUAUAAAAGCAUGUCUACAAGGGAGUUGUAUACUAAGGGUGCUCGGGUAUGGAUCCGACAUCCUGACAAAGUAUGGGAAGGGGCUGAGGUUGUCGGAGACUACACAGGAGGAUCAAUGAAAGUCAAAUCAGAAGAUGGAACUGUACAUGAUCUCAAGGUAAAAUCAGACAAUGACCUGCCACCUCUACGAAACCCUGACAUCCUGAUAGGGGAGAAUGAUCUCACAUCAUUGUCAUACCUCCAUGAACCGGCUGUUCUCUAUAAUUUACAAGUUCGAUUCUGCAGACAGAGUGCUAUAUACACAUACUGUGGUAUUGUAUUGGUUGCCAUCAAUCCUUAUGAUGAACUGCCAAUUUACGGCAGUGAUACUGUUUGGGCCUACAGAGGGCAGGCCAUGGGUGACCUUGACCCUCAUAUAUUUGCUGUUGCAGAAGAAGCCUACACUAAAUUGGAACGAGAAGAGAAGGACCAAUCAAUUAUUGUUUCAGGUGAAUCAGGUGCUGGAAAGACUGUAUCAGCAAAAUAUGCCAUGAGGUACUUUGCAACUGUUGGGGGCUCAUCCACAGAAACACAGGUUGAAAAGAAAGUCCUGGCUUCAAGUCCUAUUAUGGAGGCUAUUGGAAAUGCAAAGACGACACGUAAUGACAACAGCUCCAGAUUUGGGAAAUUUAUUGAAAUCCACUUCAACAAGCAGUUCCAUAUCCAGGGUGCUAGUAUGCGGACAUACCUACUGGAGAAGUCCAGGGUGGUAUUUCAGGCAGCUGAAGAGCGAAAUUACCACAUCUUCUAUCAGCUCUGUGCAUCUAGAGACUCACUACCAGAGCUGCACCUUCGUCACCAAGAUGAAUUUCACUAUCUGAACCAAGGUGAAAACCCAAUAAUAGAGGGUGUUAAUGAUGCUGAAGCUUUUGAAGAAACUACAACAGCACUAUCACUACUAGGCUUCAGCCAACGGGAGCAAGCAGAUAUGUUCAAGAUUCUGGCAGCUAUCUUGCACCUGGGAAAUGUGACAAUUAGAGAUGCAGUUACAGAAGGAGAUGGCAAUGGUGGGGACAGUGAGGGCAGUGCAAUUGCUGCAAAUGACAAAAAUCUGCUGAUAUUGGCAGAACUGCUGCGUCUGGAUGCAAAUGAGAUGAGGAGCUGGCUGUGCCACAGGAAGAUUGUCAGCAUGCGUGAGGUGUUCUUCAAACCAAUGACAGUUACAGAGGCUGUAGGUGCUCGGGAUGCUCUUGCAAAACACAUCUAUGCUGAACUGUUCAGUUGGAUCGUGACAGUUGUGAAUAAGGCUCUGGAGAGUUCAGGCACCUCGCAGAGGUUCAUUGGUGUGCUUGACAUAUACGGGUUUGAAACGUUUGAGAUAAACAGCUUUGAACAGUUUUGUAUCAACUAUGCUAAUGAGAAAUUACAACAGCAAUUUAACCAGCAUGUGUUCAAACUAGAACAAGAGGAAUAUCUGAAAGAAGAAAUAGAGUGGAAAUUCAUAGAUUUCUAUGACAACCAGCCAUGCAUUGAUCUGAUAGAGACCAAACUUGGGAUCCUGGAUCUGUUGGAUGAGGAAUGUAGGAUGCCAAAGGGUACGGAUUCAUCAUGGGUAGAAAAACUGUACAGCAAGUGUACAAAAUGGAAGCACUUCUCAAGGCCAAGGUUUGGUACAACUGCAUUUCUAAUCCACCAUUUUGCAGACAAUGUCACCUAUCAGAGCGAUGGAUUUCUGGAGAAGAAUCGGGAUACUGUGCUUGAAGAUCAAAUUAAUGUUAUUAAAAAUGGACAGAAUAAGCUUGUGAGGAAAUUGUUUUCUGAUGAGCCCGAUGGGAGAAAACUGAAUGUUCCAGCAGCCAAAGUAAAAGUUACUGUUGCAAAACCAACAGCAUUGCCUUCAUCAUCAUCAAAACAACACAAGAAAACAGUUGGUUCACAGUUUCGAGACUCACUUAACAUGCUCAUGGCAACUCUGAAUGCCACCACACCACAUUAUGUUCGCUGUAUCAAACCAAAUGAUAACAAAGUGCCAUUUGAGUAUAACCCUGUGCGAGCCGUUCAGCAGUUACGAGCUUGCGGUGUCUUAGAAACUAUACGCAUCAGUGCUGCAGGCUUCCCAUCCAGAUGGACAUAUGCAGAUUUCUUCCAUCGGUAUCGUGUUUUAUGUAAAUAUAAGGACAUACAGCGGAAUAACAUGAGAGCCACCUGUGAAAAGAUUUUGGGUAACAUCAUCAAGGAUGAUGACAAGUACCAAUUUGGAAAAACAAAAAUAUUUUUCCGGGCUGGUCAAGUUGCGUAUCUGGAGAAACUCCGUGCUGACAAACUUCGUCAGUGUUGCAUUAUCAUUCAGAAGCAAAUUCGAGCAUUCAUAUGUCACAAGAAGUACCUGCGUAAAAUAAAAGCCACUCGAUGCAUUCAGCGUUAUGCAAGGGGUUUCAUUGCUAGGAGACAAGUCUAUCACAUCCGUCGUAACAAGGCUGCAACAACUAUACAACGACAUAUACGAGGCUGGCUUAAGAGGACUCAGUUUGGGAGAAUUAAGCUGUGUGUAUUGGGUCUGCAAGCUCGAGCACGUGGAUUACUGGCAAGAAGACGUUACCAACAGUUGCGAUAUAACCAUAAGGCAAUUAUCAUUCAGAAGCAUGUGCGUUGCUGGCUGACACGAAGAAAGUACUUACAAACGAUAUAUCGCAUCAUACUUGUACAAUCAGUAGUGAGAAGAUGGCUGGCAAGACGUUUGUACAAGAAACUGAAGCAGGAGGCUAGGUCGGUUGAACAUGUCAAGAAACUGAACAAAGGCUUGGAGAACAAGAUUAUUUCAUUGCAACAGAAGAUAGAGGAACUUGUGAAGGAAAAUAAUAUGAUGAAAUCUACGCAGCAUGAGCUUGCAGAGCUGCGGAUUAAAGUUGACUCUCUUAAGGGUCUAGAGGCAGAGACAAAACGCAUCACUCUUAUACUGAAUAAUAAGGAACAAGAACUGGAGGCUGUCCUGAAAUCGCUGGAGCACGAACGGGAUGAGAAGAUUGAUCUGGUUAAUGAGAAGGAGCAUUUAGAGAAGGCACGAAAAGAGGAACUGGAAAGAAUGAAUGGCGAAAACAUUAAGCUUAAAGCUGAACUGGAUGAAUUGAAUGAGAGAAUUAAGUCCAACCAAAUUGGAGCCGAAGAGAUCCUGAAGGCACGCCUGGAGGAGGAGAAGCUGUUCUUGAUAAGAGAACAUGAUCAAGACCGUGAUGCAUACCAGAAGCUUCUGGCUGAUUAUAAUUCCUUAGAACAACACAAUGAGAUGCUUGAGAUGGAAGUGAGUCGCUUGCAGAGGGGUGGGGCUAAUGCAUCUGGUGCCAAGAAGGAACACCAGAGAAGUCUGUCCAAUGCCAGUACUGCCAGUGCUACGUCUGAAUUACCAGAUGACGACUACGGCUAUGGCUCAGUCAGAUCAACAGCCAGUGUUACAUCAUCUGGAAGCCACCAGAAACUUGAAAAUAUAGACUGGAAUCAGCAACAAGGACGCAAAUCUGAGACAGUCAGUCCUGUGGGGCAGAAACCACCAGAACAGAUUGAUGUUGGACUUGUACUGAAGUUACAACAGAAGUUGAAGGAUGUUGAAAAGGAGAGGAACCGAUUACAGAAGAGGAUUGAAUAUUUGGAGAAGGAAGACAGUCCUAGUGAUGAUGCAGCAAAGACUCAAGACACUUUCAAGUUGCAGGAACUGGAGAUGGAGAAUGCCAAGCUGAAGACAGAUCUUGCAGCUCUGAGGAAGGUGACGGCAGAUGGGGAAACCGGUGGCCAAGAACUUCUAAAACAACUGGAAACAUGUCAGUUGGAACUAGAUCGCCGUAGAGAGGAGUGUAUUCAGCUGCAUAGUGUGCUGGCAAACCAGACAAAAGGAUUAAAGAGUGUAGCUAGUAACAACUACAGUAGCCAUGUUGAUAUUAUUAAUGAAGAUGGGGAACUGGUACUGGCCUUUGAGGCUCAGAAGAAAAUCAAUAGGCAGCUGGAAGAUGAACUGCAGGCAGAGAAAACACGGUGGCAGGCUGAACGAGUUGAAUUUAUGCAGGAGAUAGAGAAGUUAAGGGAAGAUAAUGACCGGCAGCAGAAGCUGCUUUCUGUUAACUUAACCAUGAGCCCUCAGACACAGACUGAGGCUUUCAUGCAGCAUGAGAUAACACGGCUGACAUCAGAGAACCUUGACCUGCAAGAGAAGUGUGAUGUAUUGUCAGAACAGUGCAGAAAAUACAGGAAACAGAUUAAGCUUCUUGCAAAGAAAUUAAAGGAUGUAGGAGUAACAGAAGCUGUGAAUGAUGGUGAGGCUCUACCUUCCACUGCUGUUGCAUUGCCUCAGGACCAGAGAAGUAACUUGCCUGUAGUGCGUAAGAAGGAGCGUGACUACAUGGGCAUGUUUGAAUAUCGCAAGGAAGAUGCACAGAUCAUAGUCAAACACCUCAUAUAUGAUUUGAAACCUCGUGUGGCUGUAAGUCUCUUGCCAGGGCUGCCAGCAUACAUCUUGUUCAUGUGUAUCAGGCACACAGAUUUCGCAAAUGAUGAUGAGAAGGUUCGGUCGCUGCUAACAGCUACCAUUAACACCAUCAAGAAGGUCAUUAGGAAGCGUCAUGAAGAUCUGGAUACGACAGUUUUGUGGCUGACUAACACUCUGCGAUUGCUACAUAAUUUGAAGCAAUACAGUGGUGACAAGAUUUUCCAAACUGAGAACACGCAGAAGCAGAAUGAACAAUGCCUUCACAACUUUGACUUGUCAGAGUAUCGGCAGGUCUUGUCUGAUAUCGCUGUUUGGAUUUAUCAGGGUGUGAUUCGACACUUGGAAGAAAGAGUUCAACCUAUGAUAGUACCUGCCAUACUGGAGCAUGAGGCGAUAUCAGGACUCUCUGGUCAGAAGCCUGGAGGCAUGCGAGGCCGAGCCUCAUCCUUUGUUAGGGAGUCAGAAUUACCGGUGGAUGCCCAGAAGGCUCUGGAUACAUUACUGCAGGAAUUGACUGCAUUCCAUCGCAGCCUUGGUUUUCAUGGCGUGGACCCAGAAGUUAUUAUCCAGGUGUUCAGACAGUUAUUCUAUUUCAUCUCUGCAAGUUCACUGAACAACUUGCUGCUGAGGAAGGAUCUAUGUCACUGGACGAAGGGUAUGCAGAUCAGAUACAACCUGUCACACCUUGAACAGUGGAUCAGAGACCAGCGAAUGCAGGAAACGAAGGUGCUGGACACGUUGCAACCCAUCGUUCAGGCUGCUCAGUUGUUGCAGGCCAGAAAGACAGAUGAAGACGUUCAGAGUGUCUGUGAUAUGUGUGAUAAGCUGUCUAUGUACCAGAUAAUCAAGAUAUUGAACCUGUACACCCCAGCAGAUGAGUUUGAGGAACGCGUUCCAAUUUCUUUCAUUCGGAAGGUUCAGGCAACAUUACAGGAACGUGCUGGCCCACAGGAACAGGCUACAUUGCUCAUGGAAACAAAAUUCAGCUACCCUGUUCGAUUUCCAUUUAAUCCAUCAAAUAUUCGUCUGGAAGACAUUGAAAUCCCAGAGUGUCUGAACCUCCCUAUGCUGAAGAAAGUUUAGAAGGGAAGUAACAAUAUGAAUACUAAUGAAGAUGAAGUUUAUAUUUUGCUGUCCAGCCACAUCCUUGUGUGUCUUCAUUGAGCAAUACAUGAUCUUUGUCUUCAGUAAGUCAGUGAAUAGGCAGCCAUAAUAUAUUAUUAAGAAUAUAAUAAUGUUCCCAGCUGUGCCAUUCCAUGUUUAAAAGCAUAUAAAUAAUAUAUAUUAUUACAGAUAGGUCUACUUUUCAACUAAUGUACAUUUGUUAAUAUAUUUACAUGAUUACAGAUGCAUGCACAACUUAUCUCUGUAACAACUGUGUUGUUGUUUGAGGCUUGUGUUAAUUUAUUCAUAUAUUAGUUCUAAAGAAAAUAUGGAGCAAAAUAAAUGCAUCAUAGCUGCAAAAUUCCUGUGCUUAAUAAGAGAAUAAUGAUGACAGUGUUGGAGAGAAAUGACAAUUACCCUUCUAGACUGGUUUGUCAUUGGGUAGAUCUUGAGGGCAAGAUAUUUAAAAAUUUGAAAGCUGUGCAUUUGCUUGAAGGAGAAGAGCCUUUGUUCAUACAGGAUGACAAUAACUGCAUGAAGUAUUCCUAGAAAGUCAAUACAGCCUCCUUGUGAAUGGUGUAGUUUCCAUAUGAAUUCUUUCUUUGAUCCUCACACUCAUUUGCAUUUUUUUUUUCAGUCCUUUAUUUAUCUGAUGUCCGCUUUGUUGGUUAAAUCUUGAGUUGUAUGUUAAUGACAGAGCAUUUCACGUUGCCUUCCUGUUGGACUCCUGCUGACAUGA